AUGGCCCGGGCUGUAGCGCCACCUCUGGUAAUUAGCGGUGUAGCAAGGUGGUCAUUAGCUGGAGCCAUCUCGGUGAGGGAUGAACGUGUCUUCCGGAGCUCCGACUGGAAGCAGCUGUUGACUCCGCUGAGAGGGUCACCGCGGAACAAGCCGUCCCCCGAGCUGCAGCCUCUGCCGGGCAAACGAGUGUUUACUAAUGAUGCACGAUUGACUCUUGAACCUGAUCGCACGUCUGGGAUCGCGCCCGCACCUGCCAUGAUGGAGGUGAUCUCAGCAGAGGAGGAAGAAGAGGAGGAGGAGGUGACAAAAGCCACCGAAACCCCUGAAACAAUGAAAGCCUCCGAUCGUGGGGGCUUUGAACCCGGGCGCUCUGUAACCUCCGUCUCUGGGUGCGUCGCCGCCGCGUUGGAGCCAAACGUGUCACACAAAGAAAUUAAAGAUGGCAGUUUACAGCGGAACACACCGGAGCUUUUUUGGUGGAACGCGGCGGAGCUGACAAAUUGA